GAGCGAAGAUGGCUGCUCCCGGCACAGCAUCGCUGGAGCGCACAAUGAAAGUGACGGAUAACUUUAUCAAACCCGUUCACAUGACCACACAGAGCAGAGAGUCUUUGUCGGCAGAUCCGGAGAAACUACGGGACUAUGUAGUGGAUUUUCUGGGCGAACAGGAAGGCUGCGAAAUCACAUUCCUGACCAACGUUGGCGACCUGCUGCAAAGCCUGAGAGCGGAAAACAGCGCACUGGAAGAGCAGGUUCUGACUGUAUCCAGCUCUGUGCCUCCUAAAGUCUCUGAAGCGCUGAUGGCUGCAGAGAGGGCCAGGUGUUCACUGGAGGACCUGCUGCAGAGAGACCAGCUCAUCUUCAACAUCCUGCAUCAGCACCAGCAGGUGGCCCAGCCUUGGAUGGAUAAUCUUAACCAGACAUGCGACCAAGUCGACACGAUAGAGAGACACAUGAAGUAUCUACGGUGCCUUCAACACAUAGAGGAGCUCAGUGCUGCAGUCCAACAGUGUCUGAUGACCAGCAGUAUGUGGGAAGCCAUAAAGGCAGUCGACAGCAUGGCAGUGCUGGACUGUGGACUGAACCAGUCCGGAUGUUCUCACCUCCAAGACUUCCUCCAAGAAACACUUCGCUUCUGGCACAAAAUCAUCAAGGAUCGACUGGCCGGUGAUUUUGAGAAGAUAUUGGUUCAGCUCCAUUGGCCGAUCAUCUCCCCUCCUACUCAGUCGCUGACACCAGCUGCUAACUGUCAGGAGAUCAGCAGCCAACUGGAGCUGCUCGUCACACAACUGCUGGCCUUGCAGACCUCUGAUGACCUCAUAUCGCAGAAGGCUUCGUCCUCAGGUCAAGCUCCACCUUCCACCCAUCCUGUUUCUUCAACCAUGCAUCUGUCCAAAGCGCCUCCCCUCUGCCUGCCCAUCCAGAUCAUGCUGCUGCCGCUCAGCAGGAGGUUCAAAUACCACUUCUACGGGAACCGACAGACAAAUUCCCUCAGCAAGCCAGAGUGGUACCUCACGCAGGUUCUGAUGUGGAUGGGGAACAACUCAACCUUCAUGGAAGAAAAGAUACAGCCUAUCCUGGACCGAGCUGGGGCGACUUUCAGUGCUCGGGUGGAGUUGUGUCGUGGCUUGUUGUCUGUAGUCCAGGAGAAGGUGGCCAGCGAUGCGUCCAGGCUGCUGUAUGAUGAUGUGCUCUUCUGUCACUUGGUGGAGGAGGUGCUUCAAUUUGAGAAGGAGCUACGAAGCAACCAGCUGUAUCCGGCAGUGCUGCCUGGUCUGCUUCACCUCCUGCUUGAGGACGCAGUCCUUCAGAAGUGGCUCACUGUGGAAAAGAAGAUGGCAGUGGAGAAGAUGGAUGCCAUGCUGUCGGCUGAGGGAGCCUGGAGCUCUCAGUAUAAAGACAUCAGUGAUAUGGAUGAGCUGAAGGCUCCUGAUUGUGCUGAGACAUUCAUGACUCUGCUUCAGGUCAUCACUGAGCGGUACCGGGCCUUACCCUGUCCUUCUGCACAACUGAAGUUUUUGGAGCUGCAGAGAGAACUGGUGGAUGACUUCCGCAUAAGACUCACGCAGGUGAUGAAGGAGGAGUCCCGCUGCCCACUGGGUGUCCGUUACUGUGCCAUCCUUAAUGCUGUCAACUACAUUUCCACCAUUCUGGGAGACUGGGGAGACAACGUGUUCUUCCUGCAGCUGCAGCAGGCGGCGGUUUCACUCGGUGAGGAGCUGGUGCUGAGAGGCCAGGGCGUGAUGGAGGUGGGACGCCUGGCUUCACUGGAAGGUUCUCUGUUCGAUGGUCUACUGGCGCUGCUGGAUCGACUGAAAGGAGACAUGUUGGGACGACUGCUGGAGUGGACCAUGAGGGAAAUCACAGAAAAAGCUAAACCAUACUGCCAGGACAGAUGGUUGUCCCUGCCCUCCCAGCAUGACCAGUCCACCAUGACCCUGUCCAGUACAGCAUGCCCCAUGAUGCUGUGUGUAAGGGACAGACUGUUGAACCUCCACAACGUCCUGAGUCUGUCUCUGUUCCAACUGGCUUGGCAGGGCCUGGCGGAGAGACUGGACAGCUUCCUCUACCAAGAUGUGAUCCUGUGUAAUCACUUCAGUGAUGGAGGAGCAGCUCAGCUUCAGUUUGACAUGACCAGAAACCUGUUUCCUCUCUUUGGUCACUACUGCAAAAGACCUGAAAACUUCUUCAAACAUGUUAAAGAAGCAUGUGUCAUCCUGUGUCUUAACGUGGGCUCCGCUAUUCUACUAAGGACUGUCCUUAAUGAGUCAGAAGAGGAGCUGAGAGACUGGGCCAGUGCCGAGGAUCCUCCACCAGAGUCUGCACUCAAUGAGUUAGGGGUUUACUGUCUGGCCCCCUGUGAUGUGCUAAUUCUCCUCAACCUGAGGGCCUCCUGGCCUGGACAAUAACGUUUUCUGUUACUGUGGCAUGGACAUCAAACUGACUGCUUGACACACGUUCCUUCCAUUACUUUCUUUGCUGUUAUUAGCUUUGGUGGCGGAACAUGGUAAACAUCCAUGUUUAUUGUGUUUUGUGGUCGUGAAUUAAAAGCUGUUGAGAUACGACGAUAA